AUGAUCCUAAUCGGAGGUCCGCUACAUAGGUCGCACUGGAUCAGCUCGCCUAGCCCUGUCCCCGCCGUUCCAACUUCCGGACAUACACCUUGUCGACUAUUCACUAUCGUACUCGCAUUUGCCGUCACAAUGUCGCAUCAGUCUCACUCCACGUAUCAAGACCAGGGCACUAUCCACCAGAACGAAGCCCAAGAGAACGCGGCGAGUGGUCCCUCUGAGGGCUCACGUCUUCCCACGACCCUGUUGUCGAACAUGCUACUGAGCCCGCACGGCGAGACCAAGCUGAAAGCUUUCCAUCAUUUCACACCGAAAAUGCAUCGCCUUGGCGGGACGGUGACUCUUGUUGUGACCAUGGUUGGCGACUUGAGGAGGAGACAGGCGACAGAUACCGAAGAAAGGGCGUUCAAAGGCAUUCUGGACGCAGCCUUCGGUCACUACACGUGCACGGACGAGCCCUUCGAUUGGGGGACAACCUGCACGGAAAAGCUCGGCGAAGCUGGGCUGCAGAGCACUCACAGUUUUCUGUCGUGCGAGCCCAGGAAGCUUCUCUCUGCACUGAAAAAGAUUGGGAACAAGGUCGGAGAGAAGAACACGCCAAAUGGGAGCGUCUUGUUCAACCAGGAGAAGAGAUGGGCGAAGCCGGCGAAGAGCAAGAAGACCAGAUCCCGAGCGGCCUCCCGGCGGGGUAAACAGAAGAUGAGUGGAGGAGAGCUUCCCGUUGAGGAAUACAAGAUGAUGCUCGACGUUGACAGCGAGGUGGAGCAAGACGACUUUGCCGGAUCCGCAGCAGGCCAUCACCCUGACGAUGGCGACGACAUGGACUGGCAGGGAGGGUACGAAGCUUCGAGGGUGAAAUACUCCACUGGUGACCACCUCACCCAGCCGCUCAUCAUCCACUACACCGCGCCCUCGGAAGACAAGCAUCUUCACAGCGACAAGCUCUCCAUGCACCUCACGUGGAGUCCAGAAGUCGACACCCGCCUCGCAGCCGAAGCUGAGACCAUUUACGAGGGCGUGCUCGAGGCGGCGCAGACCCACUACCAAAGCGGCUUCAAUUGUCCGUUCGGGUUUUACCAAGAGUGCCUGUAUGGGAUGCGGAAGACUCCCGCCCUGUCGAGGUUUCACCUGAAUCCCGAUCAGCUCAUGCAGAUCUCACAGGAUGAGAUGGAAGGCAUGCCAGGUGCGGUGGCGGCAAGGCCCCGCGCUUGGCAGCUGGAGCGAGAAAUCCUUCCAGGCCAUCAGUCGACGACAGGCGCCACUUACAUCUCGUAA